UAUCAAUAGGUAUCUUGUUUUGUUAAAAUUUAUAAGUUGGAAAUUAUAAAAUGAUUCGACUUUUGGAGGACGUUACAUAAAAAUUCUGAGUCAUUAAUUAAUCACUAUUUUCUAUAUAACCUUCCCAUAUGAGAACUACAUUUAAAUUGGUACCAUUAUGCCGCCUGUAAAUUUCAGUGGUCCUGCGGAGAUACUGAGAGCCGCACAAAAGGAUGAAGAAAUUUGUGAACGCAUUAAUCAACAACUAAUAGAAUUUCUUCUCAAGUACAAAGGUAUUUAUUCAAAAUAUUGUUUGUUAUUACUUAUUCCAUAUUCAGCUAGUUGAAAGUAAUAAAUAAUGGUUUUAGGACAUAUAUUUAUAAACAAAAACAAACAGUACAUACUUCAAAUCUCACAAACAUUAUACUAUGCACUCACAACAUUAUCUAAGCUUCAAUCAUUGGGUGAAGAGUAUACAAGAAUCAUUCAAGUUAGAAAAACAGGUAGACAUAUCCCAGGAUUUUUGGUAAUUAUAUUCUAAAUAUGUGAAAACAGAAUUUUAUGUUCAUGUGUUACCAUUAUUUACAGCGUAGUAUGGGCAUGAUAUCCGUUCACAUAUUUGGAGACCACCUUAUCGUGUUAGCUUUAAAACAUUUUAUUGAUUAUGUUCGGGACAAUAAAUCAAUUACUCCACAAGCCAAAGAUCAAAUUAUUUACUUUAUGACAACCAUUAAAUCUCUAAUUCCAUUGUUUCAAAGUCUUAACAGAGUAUUAUUCUAUUGGAAUGGUUCCUUUUAUACAUUGGCAAAACGGUUUUUCAAUAUUAGAUAUGUAAGUAAUUAAUCGUAUAACACCUAAGUAUGUGUUGUCUACAAUUUUUAAAUAACUUUUUUUCGUUUAAGAUUUAUGCUGUUCCGUGGUAUCAUCCUAAGCGGCCAUUGCAUGUGUUUAAAAUUCUUAGUGUUUUGACUGCCGUCCAUUUGAAUAUACUCAUGCUCAUGGCUCUGUUUAAAAAACGAAAUGUACAAAAUACCGUUGAAGAACAUACUGAUAAAUCAAUUCCAUCGAAUAGUAGUAAGUGUCCACUAUGUUUAGACUCAAGACAACAUACUUCUCUUACGUUCUGUGGACAUUUGUUUUGUUGGUGUUGUAUACAUGAAUGGUUACAGACUAAAAACUUUUGUCCAAUAUGCCAAAAAACUUUAAAUUCUAGAAAUAUAAUAGCAUUACAAAAUUUUAUGUAGGUAAAUGAAAACUGUCAUCAAAGUCUAUAUUAAUUUAUUCUAAUAAUUUUAAAUAGGUAGGUGAAUUAUAAAUUGUUUUAAUUUGUACAACAUACCUAUUAGGUGAUAAGUAAUUUAAUUAUACUUUUGGUUAAAAUGGUUGUUUGAAAAUGGUUGGUAAAAUGUAUGUUUAAAGGAAUUAUAAAAUAAUUUUAAAUUAUUAUAAUCUCAAAAACAAUUUUUUGAUAAUGGAAAAGAAGAAACGAAUCAAAUUGAUUAUGUAUUAUUACAAUUAUUUUUUUUUAUAUUAUAAUUAAUUAUAAAUUAAGUUCUAUUAAAAAAUCUCAUUACCAAUGGUGUUAGCAUAAAAUGUAUCCUAUAAUAAUAUAUUAUUGUUAUUGUUGAUUUUUUUCCAUUUUUGUUGUUACAUUAGCAUCACCUCUAAAUUCUUAAACCGUUUCAUAUACAGCUCAGAUUAA